AGUACUUGGGUUUCCUAGUGAAAUCUUUCACGUAAAUAAUGCAACCUGCUUUUCUGUUUCAAGUAGAGAUCAUUGUUUCUUUUACUCAGCAUAACUGAAGAAUCAUAAUGACUUGUUCCUUCCAGUCUCUGAAUCUUGCAAAAUGUGGUAAAGCUGGAUUGAUUUAGGGGGGAAACCUGAAGAUAUUGGCCGAGCAAGGAUAGUAAAAGGCAAAGAGAAUCCUAGCUGUAGAAGUAGAACAAGGGGUCAUAAGAUGCCUGAAAAAUAAAAAAAUCGCACAAAAUGCAAAAACACCCUUGAGACUUCAUCACAGAACAAUACAGAAAACUGGAAGCAGUCCAUCUGAGGUCGUCAGAGUUCUUUCGACAUUAAAUGAAACUUCAUUGGCACCAGCCACAUGUUGGCUGUAGUGACCACGCCCCCAUCGGUUAAAAUUUGCAAUGAAGAAUGCACAAUCAUCUGUAAGAUUUUAGAGAGGAGGAUUGUGCAGGCAAGCUGCUGUUCCUUUCAAGGCUCCGUAAAACACAGCUGUGUUCUUCAGAAAGAACAGCAAAAUUGUCCUCUGUUUUUGGUAUGAUGCUGGAAAAGUGUUCCUUCUGUAAAAAAGGGGAAUGUAUCAAACCUGUAAAAGUGGAAAAAAAGCCUGGAAAAGCAGCAGCUAAGAUCAGAAUUGAAGCAGAUGGAAGCUAUUUUCAGAUCAAUCAGGAUGGAGGAGCACAAAAACUGGAAAAGGCUAAAAUUACUCUGAACGACUGUUUAGCUUGUAGUGGCUGCAUUACAUCAGCAGAGAGUGUUUUAAUCACCCAACAGAGCCACGAAGAGCUCUGCAAAAUGCUAACUUUUAACAAGACUGCCGCUCCCAAUGAACAGAAAUUGGUGGUGGUUUCCGUUUCACCACAAUCCAGAGCUUCACUAGCUGCAAGAUGUAAAAUGGGUGUUCUGGAAACAGCAAAGAAGUUGACCACGUUCUUAAAGAAUUUAGGUGUGCACUAUGUUUUUGAUACAACUUUCUCAAGAAACUUCAGCCUAUUGGAGAGCCAACAAGAGUUUGUAAAACGCUUUCGAAAGCAAUCUGAAGACAAAAAGGCUUUGCCAAUGCUAGCUUCUGCCUGUCCAGGUUGGAUUUGCUAUGCAGAGAAAACCCAUGGCAGUUUCAUCAUUCCCUAUAUCAGUACCACCAAGUCUCCACAGCAGGUCAUGGGCUCCUUGAUCAAGGGCCAUUUUGCAGAACAGCAGCACUUAACGCCUGACCAGAUAUACCAUGUAACAGUGAUGCCCUGUUAUGACAAAAAGCUAGAGGCUUCAAGGCCAGACUUUUUCAACCAAGAAUACCAAACGCGUGAUGUGGACUGUGUAAUCACCACAGGAGAAGUGCUUAAGUUGUUGGAACAAGAAGGAGUAUCUCUGUCAGAAGUAGAUCCUGCUCCAUUGGAUACCAUGUUUAGUAGUGCUGCAGAAGAGGAGCUCACUAGCCACUCUGGAGGUGGUUCUGGUGGCUAUUUGGAGCACAUAUACAAGUAUGCAGCCAAGGAACUCUUUGGAAUUCAAGUGGAUACAAUUCAGUACAAACCUUUAAAAAACAAGGACUUCCAGGAGGUGACACUGGAGAAGGAUGGAGUAGUCCUGCUCCAGUUUGCUCUGGCAUAUGGGUUUCGAAACAUACAGAACUUAGUGCAAAAACUGAAACGAGGGAAAUCGCCCUAUCACUACGUUGAAGUCAUGGCCUGCCCAUCAGGCUGUUUAAAUGGAGGUGGUCAGAUCAAACCAGAUGGUGAAUCUAGCAAGGACCAGCUUCAGCAAGUUGAGAGGUUGUAUGACUCUCUUAAGACUGAAAUUCCAGAGAAGAACCGGACUGUAAAUGAACUGUAUGAGCAGUGGCUGGGUGGCAUGGAGUCAGAAAAGGCUGCGAAAGCUUUGCAUACGGAGUACCACGCAGUGGAGAAAACGGGCACUGGAUUUAACAUCAAAUGGUGAAGACUGCUGGCAGCAGAUCUGCGAAGCCCAGAUACACUCAGUGCCUUUUUUAAUUCAAUUGUAUUUAAGAUUCCCAAAAGACAGCUAAAGUUCUGUGCCAUCACUGGGAGUUUGCAAUUUCUGACUCAUUAGGGAUGAGAAGGUAACGUGCACAUAGGCAGGCAAUAUUAAUUCCUACAGCUUUAUAAUUAUUGAAGUGAUGUAAAUAAAACCCAAAUGCUGACUUAAAAUAUAUGUCAAAAGAAGGAGUAGUGCAUCCUAGCUUCCACCCAGUCUUUAAGGACCAAACCUGCACUCCCUUUACAACCCUGUUUCUACCAGAACUGAUGAAUUAAGGUGCAGAAGGAUUUGGCUUUGACUGUAGCCUCACCGAGAUGAGCUCUAUGCUGCACGACAGUAUUACUUGUCUGGGCCUCGCUGUAUUUUCACAGCACUGUGUUUGAUGGCUGUCUCUGUUGCAACAUCCUCAUUUAGUUAUAAAUGGACUAAAUAGACCUUGGGUUCUGUUUUUCCAUUUCACUGCCCUUGCGGUCCAGCUGCAGAAUCUCUGCCCUGUCAGAGGGGGUGGGUGCCAGCAGCCUGCCAUCACGGGAGAAGCAGCAUCUCUGGGACUGUGCUGUUGCCUGCUGAAAUGUGACUGGAAUGAAUCUUUAAGGAGAAAAAGCUACAGUGAUAUUUUUUUUUUUUUCUCUUUAAUUAUAACAAUUGUCUAUAACUGUGGGCAAUUACAUCUCUUUCUCUCUCUAAAUAUAUAGUAAAGUCACAGAAUUAUCACAUCUCCCCAUCCUCAACAGCCAGUUACUGAUGGAUAAUAUCCUUAAAUUCAGAGAAGACUUUUUUUUACAGUGUUUCAAGGAAGAAUUUAUUACCAGCUUUCCUUCCAACAAAGGACAAAGUCCUUGGUGUUGCUGAAAGGUGUUACUUUACAAAAGUUACUAGGAGAAGACCAUGAAAUGCAAUCAUUACAAGUAGAUUACCAGAACAAUCCAAGAGGUUAGUAAAAACACAUCUGGUUUAGUGCAGCGUAUUACAAUGCCUUGCCAGAAGCCAAGUGGAUGCAAAACAGAUUUGGUCUUUUGUUACUGGAGAUGACAUGCGUUUGUCUUGCCAUCUGUAUUUUUACAUACGGGUACUUUCAGAGCUAUUUACAGAAAAACAACUGAAUGAAUAACUUGGGUCUAUUUAAUCUGAAUAUCAGUUUUUCUGGAGUUACAAUGCAUAUGGGGAGGGGAUGGCAGCAGUGGGAGGAUUUGCUGCUGUACCUGAGCUCGAGGGGAAGGGACACUGGCAGAUGUGGAAUCUCUCCUUGUGACUGCUGUAGCUGCAAGUGAACAUGAACGUAAGAAUCACAUUGUCGAAUCACUUCAAUAUUUCUCCUUUUUCCAGUUACUGCUAUGUGAGGAAGAAGGACUGUGCAGAAAGUAAAGUGGACAAAAACUGAAAACAAAGCUGCCGCAUUGCUUUGUUCCUUCAGAGUAAAUACAACCAGAUGGAGCCGGUUGCUGCAUCUAGCCCAGGCCGAAACCUUGCCGGGACCCUCUCCGGAGAUAACCCUCACCCCGUUACUGCCGACCUUGAGCUUAGGGGCUUGCCAAAGAGCAAAGCUGUCAGUCCUUCACCUGCCUCUUGUAACGGCUUCUCUGGCAGUACUUGCUGUGUCCUUCUCAAAGCCUCCUCCAGUCUUUAUUAAAAGUAAGCCAAUAAUGUAAAAGACAUCUUUUAAUGUUUUUAAUUAAAAGCUUUACAUUUUUCAGGUGUUGCUGAUCAGUUAGUGAAUUCACAGUGUUCACAAGGCAGGAAUCUCCCACUGCCUCCCCCUCCCCACCCUAUUCAUUUUACACACAAGCUGGUAGUUUCGGCAAAUGCCCCUUUCCACACAUAGAUGUGUAACACAGUGUUCUGCUAAACCACAACGAUUGUAUCUGCAGCAAGAGAUACUGCUGCUACUGCAAAGUCAGUCCAAUAUGCUGAAGUGCUGAGACGGUAAGCUCUGUACAUCAGUGCACAAGAAACACAGGCUGUUUCUGCUGAGAACAUGCACGUCAGCCCAGAAGUGUCCAAAUAAAUAAAGCUAAAUUAGCUGUACGUUAAA